AUGUUUUGCUGCUCGAAAAACAUAUUAGAUGCAGUUGAGAGAAGAAGAAGGAAUUAUCGAGCUUACUCAGAAAAAAAACCAAAAGAUGAUGAAAAUGAAUUAGUUACCAUAUGUGAUAAUAAAGUAGCCAUUGUGAAUAUUUUAAGAAGAGGAAAUGAACAAACAUCGAAAUUAAAGGAUGGAAAACAUUACACCAAUAAGAAUUCAUCAGUUUGUAAAUCGAAUGUACUAAAAUACUAUGAAACUAAUUUUUUAAAGGAUAACUAUUCCAAAGGCACAUCUCUUACGGACAUGAAAAAAGGAAGGGGGGAGAAAAAUGCUGAUAGUUAUAGACUACGUAAAAAGGAUGAUGCUGAUGGCAUGCGUGAAAUGUAUAACUUUUCCAAUUUAAAUACAAAACACAAAAUUAAAGCCUUGAAAGAAACACAAAAACAACUAAAAGAUUGUUUAAAGGAACAACAGUUUAAUAUUCAUGAUGAUAUUUUAUUUUUAAACAUAUAUAGACUAACUCAUAAAAAAAUAUAUUCCAUAUUGGAUAAGAAAAAGAAAAAUGAUCAUUACAACUGCAAUGAGAUAAUAGACAUGAUACUAAACGGGAAAUUGCAUAAAAACAGUCUAGUGAAAAGAAAAUCGGAGGGACGAUAUGUCCAUUUAAAAGAUAAAAUCAAUGAACUUCAUUUUUUAAAAAACAUGGAAUUAGAGUACUACCUCAAAAUAAAGAAGAAUAUACCAUCUAUGAAAUCUAAACAAGAGGAUAAUUAUGCAAAGGAAAAUUCCUUAUAUCUACAAUUAAGCGAACCAUUAUUAGCUGAAAAAGUAAAAUCAUUAAAAAAAUUUUUUAUAUCUCCGUAUAAUAGAAAUAUUGUAGAGAUUGUUUUAAUGCCCAAGCAAAAGAAUUGUAAUAAAAUUUAUGGACAUCAUAAGAUCUUUUCAAAUCUGUUUAUAACAAAAUAUAUUUCUGUCUAUUUUUAUCAUAUAAUUGAAAAGAAAAUGGAAAAAUCUAAUUUAAUACAAAAGACAGGUCCUAUACAUUUAAAAAUUAAAUUAAAGACGAAUUAUCCCCAAGCAAUAAAAACCAUUUUUAGAUAUAUAUACGAUAAAAAUUUUAAUUUACACGAGCUAGAUUUCAAAUUAUUGGUUACUGUAUACAUGGAGUGUAUUCAUUUAAAAAUUCCUAGUAUCAUAAAUGAUGUAAUUGAUGCCAUUGCAGAGAAGGCCAAUUUUGAUAAUAUAGUUAGAGUGUUAGGACUGGCAUCCACUUUCAAGCAGAUUGCAACUCCUCUUUUUUCCGAUUUCGCACGAAUCAUUUCGGAUUCGGGAGUUUACCUUUUUGCAAGAAACUGCCACUAUUUGAUAGACACAGAAACUUAUAGCUAUUUCCUAAGCAGUGACAACGUAAGUGUAAACGAAAUGAGGUUAUUCAUUGAAUCCAUAAAAUUUAUAAUUAGGAAGAACUGUGACAUGAGGGAACAAAAUUUAAUUUUUCAAAAUAUCAGAUUCAACCUUUUAAAUACGGAGCAUUUAUACAGCAUUUGUAGAUAUAUAAAAAAUUGCUUUGAAGAUGUUGUUCAUAGUAAAUAUGAUGAAACUAAUUUUAUUUGUAUGAGAUAUCGCCAUUCAAAAAUAAAAGAAAUAAAUUUGAAGGAUAACCAUAAGAAAAAUUUUAAAAAUAUAAAUACAGAAAACAAGGAAAAUAUAGAACUGGAAAAAUCAAAUGACGAAAAUAUAAAUGAAAUGACAAAGGUAGAAAGAACAUCACUGAAUUUAUCAUUUUGCGAAGAAAUAAAAAAUUUAAAUGAAUUUUAUAAAAUAAUAAAUAAGGAAGCUUUUGAACCACCUUACAUUAGUAAAAAAAAAAAAGAAAUAUCCAUAAAAGAACUUACUAUUUGUAUGAAUAAUAUUUACAAUAUCCUUUUAGAUAACAUUUUCCAAAAAAUGUCAAAUAGAGAAGUAAAAGAGAGGUGCAAAAUAUGGUAUGAGAAUAAAAAUUUUCAAUGUGUAAAUGAUUUUACCAAUGAAAAUUAUUCCUUUCAGUUAAUUAAAAAGAAAUGUAAUGUAGAAAAAUAUACCUUUACUUAUGGAGAUGAAAGAUUAAUAAACGAAUGUAAAUUAAUUUAUCAAAUAGCAAAAAGCAAAGAUAGUAACAUUUCCAUUGGAAUCAUAUUAAAAACGAAGGAAUUAAAUUCUUUGGUUAAUCAACAGAAUUGUAAAAUAUCAAAAACAUUAAUUGAAUGUAACGAUCAUUUAGUUAUUUAUUUUGACUUUUUUGUAAAUGAUUUUUAUGCUUGCAACAUUGAUAAUAGCAAUUUGAAAUUAGUAAACAGAACCAAGUUAAAUAUACAUGCACAUGAAAAUAAAUUAAUAGAUGGAGAUAUUAUUAAUUACACCAUAUCUGUUAUAAAUCAAGUUUUGAAAAUAGAUAUAAUAAUAUUACCAAAGAACAUUAGUUUUGCUUAUUCCUUUCCAAUAUUAAAACCUACUAUUUUUUUAGGGCAUGUCAUAAAAAAACCCUUUAUUUUUGUGAAGCCCUUUUUUAUCUUAAAGGAUUCAUUAGACUCCAUUUCAAUUCCAACGAUCAAAUUUUAA